AGUUUCGCGAGAUCUUAUCCCAGGGAAGAGAGACGCUGUUGUCAGUUUCUGGUGGAAAGCGGAAAUAAACAUAGAAUUUUAGUUUUUUUUUGUUUGUUUUUUUUAAAUAAAUAAGUAAAUACUAAUAUAUCAAAUACAUUUCUGUUUUUUUUGUUUUUUUUUCCUGGAACAGUAAGUACGUUUGACCACCCACUGAGUUGAGUUCACCCAGAAAGGCCGAGGGGACAGCGAUCUGUAUGCGAGUGAAGUAAACGCGGAGCUGCGAGUCCCAGCCGGGAGGAGAGACUCGGAGUGAUAUAUCGUUCCCAGGACAGCACAGGCUGGCUGCUUUUUAAUUUAACCCAUCAGCAGAACCCCGAUACCACGCCGACAACAGACAGUAUCGGCCCGGCACUGGAAGGACAGCCACUAUAUAAUAUAACCAGCAUGGAAGCCGUUGCCAAGUACGAUUUUAAAGCCACUGCGGACGAUGAACUGAGUUUUAAACGUGGGGACGUGCUGAAGGUUUUAAAUGAGGAGUGUGACCAGAACUGGUACAAGGCAGAACUCAACGGGAAAGACGGCUUCAUUCCCAAGAACUACAUCGAAAUGAAAGCUCACCCGUGGUUCUUUGGUAAAAUCCCCAGAGCGAGGGCAGAGGAGAUGUUGAACAAACAGAGGCACGACGGGGCAUUCCUUAUCCGAGAGAGCGAGAGUGCACCAGGGGACUUCUCCCUCUCAGUAAAGUUCGGGAAUGAUGUCCAGCAUUUCAAAGUGCUCCGUGACGGGGCUGGGAAGUAUUUCCUGUGGGUGGUGAAGUUCAAUUCCCUCAACGAGCUGGUCGACUAUCACAGGUCCACCUCAGUGUCUCGAAACCAGCAGAUAUUCCUCCGUGACAUUGAACAGGUCCCCCAGGUAAGGGACACCUGCCCCAGCUCCCUUUCUGAAUGUGUACCACAGGCAGGCAACCAGCAUCCUACGUACGUGCAGGCACUGUUUGACUUUGACCCGCAGGAGGAUGGAGAGCUGGGCUUUCGUCGGGGGGAUUUUAUCCAGGUCCUGGAUAACUCUGACCCCAACUGGUGGAAAGGUGCUUGCCACAGCCAGACAGGAAUGUUCCCCCGCAACUAUGUCACCCCAGUAAACCGGAACAUGUGAACGAAAGAAAAGGAACAGAACCCAGAUACCACUGUAGAGUGGCAGCGGAAUUAACAUAUACUGAGAAUGUUCUGCGGAACAGCGGCGAACACACUGCAGUCAGAAUGGGACUGGCGUUGAAGGAAAAAAAAAAAAAAAAAAAAAAAAUAAAAGCUGAAUUUUAUCUCCUAGAUUCCCACAGCUACCCCUGCCGCCAUCUAUUGCCCCCCCCCCCCCCCCCCCUCCUGUGAGUCCAAGCAUGUUUUAUGCUCCUUUUUAAAUAGUUUCUGAUCCUAACACUGUUUAAAAAUCCUUGCUGUAGACUGCACCAAGUUUACAUGCCAGAGACAAAAAAAAUGCCUGUCAUUUGAGCUUUCCAUCUUGCCACGGACUCUUUAUAAAGCAUAAAUUUAAAAUUAACAAAUAUAUAGAUGUAUGUAUGUUUUUGUCUCUCUUGCCUUUCUCCACAAAUUGCUUGUGUAAACGAUGUUCAGCUGCUUUUGAAUGUCUUGUGGAACGCGAGCAGCUCUGGAAUCAAUUAAAUCAUGUGUAAUUGUUUUGACUAUCUGACUGCUUUUGAAUGCUUGUUUUUUUAAGGUAUAAAAUCCUCUAUUAAACUGUUCCAUUUUAGGCUUGUAUUCUGUAAAGAAAUCUUGCCCAGUCUGCCUUUCUCUGAUUUUUUUUAUUUUAUUUAUUUAUUUUUUUAAAACGGUGGGAAAACAGACAAGGGUGCUGUCACACAACGUUUGAAUUAUUUAUCCUGUUUUGUAAAGUUAUGGUUUUGCUGUUGUACUGCAGCAGGUGGCAUAGUUGUGUGUGUGUGUGUAUAUAAUGAAUGUGAAGAAAGAACCAACAUCUGGACACUGUCUUUUAUUGCAGUCCUUAGUUAUCACAGCCAUGCCCACCAUCAGAAUUGCAACUAGACUUCAGAAAUGGCAGGAGGGCUACAACGUAACCUCUGAAAAAGCAAGAGGAGCACGCAAACCAAAAGGAGAGCAGGGUUCAUAAACCCAGGUCUCAGCACAGAUACCUGGAACAGUUUAAAAGAAGAUCCUGUCCUUUUUUUUAUGUAUUUCAAGUUGGUCAGUUUUAUUCAUUUCUGUACGGUCUUAAAAGGUGUAUGGUUGAGCACUUUUUUCUGAUGUAUUUUUGUUUUCUUAAUAGUGCCUUUUUUCCAUAUUUUCAUUUUGUUUUUGGGAAAAAAAUAAUAAUAAAUCUCCAGGGAACUGUGUGAAACGUGUACCAGGACAUACUUUUGUCUGCAUUUUGGUUGUGUAGUGCAAAAAAAAAAAAAAAAAAAAAAAAAACCCUUGUAAAUAACCCAGCCUCAGAUUUGUGGGGUUUUUGUUUUUUUGGCUUUUGUUUUCUUUUUUUUUUUUUUUUUUUUUUUUUUUUUUUUUUUUUUUGCAUUUUGUUGGAUGUUAUUACCAGAAAACGAUUUUCCAAAACGUUUACCUUUUUAUUUAAAUGUUUGAUUUCUCAUACCUAAAACGCUUAGUGAAACAUCAAAUAAUAAGAAAGCAAGCAAGCAAGCCAGCAAGGUUUUUUUGUUUCGUUUUAUUUUGUGCAAGGAUACCCACUACUACUUUUUGGGAACAUUUAUAAUGCAGUAUCCCGUCCUAUCCUAUCCUUUUCAUUUUUGUAUGCAGUCAUUUGUAUAAAUGUUUAAUAAUAAUAAUUGAAUGUACAGAGGGCUCAAGUAAUUGUAACCUAGAUGAUGGAAUGGGAUUUUGAUACUGCUUUUUAAAUGUGAAUUGCAUUGCAGGCAUCCUUUUAAUACUGUUUUGUACAUUGCUACAGGGAGCAAGGUGUUUUUUUUUUUGUUUUUUUUCAUUCCAAGCAAACAUGUAUUUUUUGAGUGGCCAAAUGCUUUGUUAACCAGGCAUCAUCACACUGACUCAGAAUAUGGCUGGCAGUGACAGAUUUUAUUUUAUGUUUUAUUUUAUUGAAAUCUCCUGUGUUGGCAAAGCAUCUGAAUAAAGACAUGUAAAAAUUG